AUGGCGGAAGCCAAAAUUGAAGAGAUCGGUUGUGAAGACAGGAUCAGUGUUUUACCGGAAGAUUUACUCGUAGUGAUAUUGGAUCUUCUCCCGACAAAAGACGUAGUAGCCACCAUGAUUCUGUCAAAACGAUGGCUCUCGAUUUGGACGAUGGUAAGGACACUUGAGUAUACAGAUGACAUGGAUGAUGAAAGCAAGAAGAGCGUUUGGUGGUUUCUUAACAAAUCAUUGCAACUCCACAAGGCGCCUGUAAUAGACAGCUUGUGCAUGGAACUUGGUCCACAGUGCCCUACCACUGAUGAUGUUGAUAUCGGAAAGUGGGUUGCAAAAGCUGUUGAUUGUUUGGUGAUGACGCUAACAAUCAAGCUCCUCUGGUCCGCAGGUCCAACCAGCUUGCCCAAGAGCCUUUACUCUUGCACCUCUCUUUCUGAACUGACUCUCUCUGACCAGAUUCUCGUGAAUGUUCCUUCUUCCGCCUAUCUCCCAUCCCUUACAGAGCUCGAACUAAUCUGUGUUGUGUAUAAAGACGAGGAUUCUCUUGUUAGCUUCUUAUCGAGCUGCCCUGUUCUUGAGUUCUUGUUCGUGCUAAGGAAAAUAGAUGACAAUGUGAAAACGUUUACUGUCAAAGUGCCUUCUUUAUUGGAGUUAACGUAUAAGAAUCUCUGCUCUGAUGUAGUAGACAAUACCGAUAGGUGUUUGGUUGUAAAUGCUCCUGCAGUGAACACCUGUCAAAUCACUGAUUAUUCACUAGAAUCUUUCUCCAUCGAGGAUAUGCCCUGUCUCCAGGAUGCAACUAUCGAUGUAGAUGAGGCUUAUCAUCCGGAUGACAAAUUUCUAACAUCUUUUUCUUCAGUCUUGUCUCUUCGAAUGCAUUUGUCUGAUGCAAUGGUUAUGCGUUGUACCACCAUCAACUUCUCUCGACUAAUAAAGUUAAGCAUAUAUCCCUAUGGACCAGACAUGUUGGAAACACUCCUACGUUUACUUGGAAAUGCUCCAAAACUAAAAGAGUUUUUGGUAGAUUAUCCCUCCCUUAUUGCUUCUCAGAAAUUUGUCUAUAAUCCCGAGGAUCUCCCAUGGUCAUGGAAACAACCGAGUCAUGUUCCCGAAUGCUUGUCAUCACAGCUCGAGAUAUUCGAGUGGAGAGACUAUGGGGAUAGAAUAAUAGAGGAAGAAUUCUUGACAUACGUUUUGGCCAACUCUAAGCGUUUAAAAACCGCAACAAUCUCCCUGAGGUUAAAUCUUGAAGAUCCAGAGUUGAUCAUCGAGGAAAUAAAAGACCUUCCUAGGGUUUCAACAACAUCUCACCUUUUGUUCAAAUGA